AUGGUGAUUCAUGGGCUUGAUUCACGGGCUGCUGCCUUUAUCGGAAUUCUCGUCGUCGUCGGGUAUCUUGUCUCAACAAUUCAUCAAUGGGCUCGCCUGCGCCAUUUCAAAGGCCCUACGAUUGCAGGCUUCAGUCAGUUGUGGUUGAUCUCACGCGUUGGUGGUGGUCGUACCCAUCUUGACCUUUGGGAAGCCUGCAAGAAACAUGGCGAUAUCGCACGCGUUGGACCAAACGACCUCAUCACGUCCGACCCAGAUUUGAUGAAACACAUGCUCAAUGUGCGCACACGAUAUAAACGCUCGAGCUGGUACGACGCCAUGCGCUUGGAUCCAACAAAAGACAACGUCCUGUCUCAGCGCAACGAUGACCUGCACGCCAGUACCCGUUCGAAAAUGGCAGCAGCAUAUUCCGGCAAAGAAGUUGACACCAUCGAGACCACAGUGGAUGAGAACGUAGAACGCCUACUCGAGUUGCUCGACACCGAAUACAUAGCCAAAAGGAGACCAUUUGACUUUGGAUACAAAGCUCAAUAUUUCACCCUCGAUGUCAUUUCUGCAUUGGCCUUUGGCGAGGCGUUUGGCGACUUGGAGACUGACUCAGACGUGAAUGGUUACAUCACUGCGAUGGAAGAAAGCAUGCCGACCAUCAUAACUACUACCGUAAUGCCGUGGAUGAUCAAAUUACUGCAGCUUCCUAUCUUCCGAAGCAUGCUACCGUCGGAGAGGGACAAAGCCGGCGUCGGUAGAGUCAUGGCGAUCGCGAAGAAGGUCGCGGCGGAGCGAUUUGGCCCAAACCCCAAGGUUCAGAGAGACAUGAUUGGCUCGUUUGUUUCGAGGGGGCUGCUCCAGUAUGAGGUCGAAUCGGAGAUCCUGAUGCAAAUUCUAGCAGGCGCUGACACGACCGCGACUGCCAUUCGAGCAACUCUACUCUACAUCAUUACCAACCCCCGUGUAGUUCAUGCCAUGAGAGUAGAGAUCGACAAUGCGAAACUAAGUAUGCCAGUCGUCACAGAUGCCGAAGCACGCGCGAUGCCAUACCUCCAAGCCGUUAUCAAAGAAGGUCUUCGAAUCCACCCGCCAGUCGUUGGCCUCAUGAGCAAAGAAGUCCCUCGGGGUGGGGAUACAUUCAAGGGGCAAUAUCUACCUCAAGGUACCAAGAUCGGCUACUGUGCGUGGGGCAUAUUCCGCCGAACUGACAUAUGGGGUGAAGACUCCAAUGAAUUCCGUCCAGAAAGAUGGCUGGAUUGCUCUGAAGACAAACUUCGUCUUAUGGAAGGGACUCUUGAGCUUGUUUUUGGAUAUGGGCGGUGGCAAUGUCUCGGAAAGAACAUUGCGCUGAUGGAGCUGAACAAGGUAUUUGUUGAGCUAGUCCGGCGUUUUGACCUCGCUGUCGUUGAUCCGAUCAAGCCAUGGCAGUCGGUCAAUGUUGGCGUCUUCCUGCAAUCAGAAUACUGGAUCAAGGGUUAUAAGCGAGAAAGCCUUUCGUAA